AGCAUCCUUGCUGUACUUGGGUGGUCACUCCUCCAGGGAUCUCCAAGUGUUUUGCCCAUUGAUUAUUUAUCUGGUUCACAUCUUUUCUGGAGUUCUUAUUAGUUUGGAGAAAUUUUAAAUUAUUCUGUGUUUUCCUCCCAAAGAGCCAUUAUAGGUCUAAGAUUUGACUUUAACUCUUCCUACUUAGGCCCUCCUGUGUGCACUUACACAUGCUCCCCCGACCACAAAGUGAACUUUAAUAAACCAUUCCCCUUUUCAAACCAUGUUAUGGCAAAAAUAUGCAAGCAAUCAAGAGGUUGUAAAUAAAUAACACAAAGCAAGUGUUUCCAGUCAAAAAUACUUGUACAGGCAGUAUAUGAUUUUCCCCAGAAUGCUUUACAGGUGAGUCAUAGCACACUGUGUGUUUGUGUGAUUCUGGCCACAACCAGUUGUUGCCCCAGCUAAUCAGAACAGUGGCAAACAGAGCCCAGGCAUAACGCACACUUUAAAAUGAUAUGUGAAAAAUGUGUUUAAGGAAGCCCCUUAUUUUGGUUGUGAGCCUGUGUGGGGCUGGUGGUUGUCAGUGUGUGUGAAGGCUCUGUUUUAGUUUACGCUGUCAUUUGGCUCCCAUCAACUGCACUGUGAUAACAGUUCAGAGCUGCUCCCUCUUAAGAAGCAGAAACGUUCAGUUAGCCAGAAUUUGGGGUUUGACUUCCUUUUUCUUCUUUUCCUCUCUGGUUUAAUUUUUAAAAUAAAUGAUUUUGUUUAAGGUAUCCAUAAUAAGAAUGACAAGCCCAAAUUAAAGGAUUAAAAUAUGUAGUCAGAAUGUUAAUAAAGUGGAUAAUGUUUAUCAUUUUCAGUAAUUUUGAAACAUUAACGUCUGUUGGACCUUUGUUUGGGUGGAAGAGUGUGUUUCUUUAAGGUGUUUUAGUUCACAGAUAAUGUUUAAAGGUGCUGUUGAUGGCUGCCAAACUGUAAACAUCGUCCUGUUAAGCAAACAGGACUGAAUGGAGUAGCUGGAGUAAGUUCCCGCUGUGAAAAAGCCUGUAACCCUCAGAUGGGAAAUUUGGCUUUAGGGAGAAAACUCUGGGCAGACACCACCUGUGGUCAGAACGCCACUGAACUGUACUGCUUCUAUAGUGAGAACACUGAUCUGACUUGUCGGCAGUCCCAGUGUAACAAAUGUAAUGCUGCGCAUCCUCACCUGGCUCACCUGCCAUCUGCCAUGGCAGACUCGUCCUUCAGGUUUCCUCGAACGUGGUGGCAGUCUGCUGAAGAUGUGCACAGAGAAAAGAUCCAGUUAGACCUGGAAGCUGAAUUCUACUUCACUCACCUAAUUAUGGUGUUUAAGUCCCCCAGGCCGGCAGCCAUGGUCCUGGACCGGUCCCAGGACUUUGGGAAAACAUGGAAGCCUUACAAGUACUUUGCUAUUAACUGCUCGGCUACAUUUGGCCUGGAAGAUGAUGUUGUCAAGAAGGGAGCUAUUUGCACUUCUAGAUACUCCAAUCCUUUUCCAUGCACUGGAGGAGAGGUUAUUUUCAGAGCUUUGUCACCACCAUAUGACGUGGAGAACCCUUACAGUGCCAAAGUUCAGGAGCAGCUGAAGAUCACCAACCUCCGUGUGCAGCUACUAAAACGACAGUCUUGUCCCUGUCAGAGAAAUAACCUGAAUGCAAAGCCUCAGCAUUUUACACACUAUGCAAUCUAUGAUUUCAUUGUCAAGGGAAGCUGCUUCUGUAAUGGCCACGCUGAUCAGUGCGUACCUGUGGAUGGCUUCAGACCUAUCAAGGCACCAGGAGCAUUCCACGUGGUCCAUGGGAAGUGUAUGUGUAAGCACAACACAGCAGGCACCCACUGCCAACACUGUGCACCAUUAUACAAUGACCGCCCCUGGGAGGCAGGUGAUGGCAAAACAGGGGCUCCUAAAGAGUGCAGAAGCUGCAAAUGCAAUGGGCAUGCUGAUACUUGUCACUUUGACAUUACUGUGUGGGAGGCAUCAGGGAAUCGUAGUGGUGGUGUCUGCAAUGACUGUCAGCACAACACAGAAGGUCAGCACUGCCAGCGAUGUAAGCCAGGUUUCUACCGUGACUUCCGGAGACCCUUCUCAGCUCCAGAUGCUUGCAAAUUGUGUUCCUGCCAUCCAGUUGGAUCAGCUGUCCUUCCUUUCAGCUCAGUGACCUUCUGUGACCCCAGCAAUGGUGACUGCCCUUGCAAGCCUGGGGUGGCAGGGCCACAUUGUGAAAGGUGCAUGGUGGGAUACUGGGGCUUUGGAGACUAUGGCUGCAGACCUUGUGACUGUGCUGGGAGCUGUGACCCUCUCACAGGAGAUUGCAUCAGCAGCAGCACAGACAUAGACUGGUAUCAUGAAGUUCCUGACUUCCAUUCUGUGCUCAAUAAUAGUGAACCAACCUGGGAGUGGGAGGAUGAGCAAGGAUUUUCUGCACUUCGACAUUCAGGUAAAUGUGAAUGUAAGGAACAGGUGUUAGGAAACUCCAAGGCAUUCUGUGGAAUGAAAUAUUCGUACGUGCUAAAAAUAAAGAUUUUAUCAGCUCAUGAUAAAGGCUCCCAUGCUGAGGUCAAUGUGAAUGUAAAAAAAGUCUUAAAAUCUACCAAACUGAAGAUUUUACGAGGAAAGCAAACAUUGUAUCCAGAAUCGUGGACUAACAGAGGCUGCACUUGUCCAGUCCUCAAUCCUGGUUUGGAGUACCUUGUAGCGGGACAUGAGGAUGUGAGAACAGGCAAACUGGUCGUGAAUAUGAAAAGUUUUGUCCAGCAUUGGAAACCAUCUCUUGGAAGAAAAGUCAUGGACAUUUUAAAAAGAGAGUGCAAGUAGCAAUAAAGGUGUAUAGCACAUACAUAAUGGCACUUCCCUAUGUAUAAAACACCAACUUAAUGGAAAGGAGACCUCAAAAAUGAAACUGGAAUUUUUUUAAGUGCCAAAAUGUAUAGAAACGCUCCAAUGCGUAGGCUUUGUCUAACCUAAUCUCUCCCUGGGCCCACGUUUAAAUACAGUUUUGUUUCAUAAAGAAGACUAGAAAACCCUAUGCUGAUAACCUGUUUUCUAUGGGACUGAUUCUGAAAUUCAUAACUAUUAAGAAUAUUUGAAUAGCAGCAUGAUAUUUAGCAGUAAUCCAUUAAGGGCAAUAUAUCUAACAAGGACACCUCCGAGCUUCAGAUAUGUUACUUACAUUUGAUGCUACUUAAAUUAAUUAAUGAGAUUUUAAGGAAUCCCAACCCUACUAUCAGGAAAGGUGUUUCUUAAAAAGAGCCUUCUCUUGUUUGUUAUGUAUGAACUUUGGUCUGUGGGGUGUUACGUGGAACCUCUCCACAUGUGUAUAGUAUUUCCUUGUAUAAAGCACUUUACUACCUACCACAUGUGUUGGGAAAGUUUGGAGAUUGUUGACAGAAAGAAAGUAUGUGUAAGAAAAUCUACUGAAACAGAAGCACUGCCACGACAUGUGGACAAAAGUGACCAUAUAAAGGAAGUUGUACUAUUUAACUGAACACUUGGAGAAAUUAUGUGAAGAUGCAACCUUAGAGGAAAAUAUGUUUGCAUGAAGUCUCAGCUCCAGGCUAGAGGUUAGAUUCCACAGAUACUGGCCAUAAUGAAACUUAAAAAAAAAAAACUAAACAAGAAGAGACUUUAAAAUAAGAGAAAGGAAUCAUAAGCGUAGAAAUAUGCUUAGAUAAAGUGGAAAUGGACUUGUAAAUUUUAAAAAAGUUCGUGUAUUUGCAAUGCACUUGUAUACACUUCAAAAAUUAUUGUAGACACAGAAUUUGUUUUAUUUUUGUGUUUAGUAUUUAAAUCUGAACAUCAAAGCAGUUUUCCUACUUGUCUUUAUUAACAGUAUAUGGUCAUUAUAUUAACCCAUUUUUUUUAACGCAAGGUAUGUGAUAGUUCACCAAACUACAGUUUUUCAUUAUCCAUCUUCUGUACCAAUGCAUAACCACUAUACAUACAGUUUCUUCUGUUCUUAAAUAUACAAAACAUGAACCACAGUGCCAUAAGAUUAAUUUCACAUACAGAACAUAUUUUUUCCUGAGGUCCUGUGGACUUGCAAAAAAUAUAUAUAUAUAUUGCUUUGUUAAUUUGUUUUUAUAUUUCAUAUAUGUAAUAAAGGAAUAUGAUCU